AUGGCAGGCUACGGCAACCGCACAGCACCACAUUACACCGCUGACAGUCUCACUGACGAGCACUCGAGCACCCGUCUCGGACUAAUAGACUCGCACAACGCACCGACCUACGGCGCAGGCCUCGGCAACAAGCGUGCCUCCCAGCCCACCAUCUCACCGUCUUCCUCCAACGAAAAGUCCGUCGACACCGAAGACGGAGUAGAGGAGUCCUUCCACUUCAACACGCAAGACACGCACGGCUCGGCGCCGUACAGCAACGCACACACCUACGGCUCGGCGUCUACUGCUGGCGCUGGCUAUGGGAAUAAGACGGGGAGUUUUUCUUCGGCAGGUGAUGGGGGUGGACAUAAGGACUCGACGAUGGGAAGGGUGAUGCAGAAAAUCGGCGGUGUUGUGCAUAGUGAGAAGAUAGGGGAGAAGGGGAGGGUGAAGAGGGAGGGUGGGGCGAGUGGUGGGGAUGUAAAUGUACCACCAGCAAACUGA